CAAUAGUUGGAAAGACCGAAGUGGGCCGGACUGUGUUCACUCCCAAGGCUUUAAAAAGUCGCAGUAUAUCCGCUUGUCAGCUGCAAAAAAGUAAACAACAGGCAGUGUCUACUGAUAGAAGUAACACAAGGACACGGAGUGUUUAAUAGAACCAGAGCUGUUCUGUUUAUUGCAUUAGGAGAAGAUCGCAUCCACGUUUUCCGGGCUAUUUGAAAAGGUUGAAUCCAUCAUGACUACUGAAAGGCAGGAUUCAAAGCAACUGCUGGUUGACAGAGAAUUGCCGGGGCUAAGAGAAGCCAUGCAAGAGUUUGUCACCAAGGAACAUGAUAUUGAGACCCCACACGGUGUCAUCCAUGUCACCAUGCGAGGACUACCCAAAGGGAAUAGACCUGUCAUCUUGACCUACCAUGACAUUGGACUGAAUCAUAAGUCUUGCUUCAAUUCCCUCUUCAACUUCGAGGAAAUGCACGAAAUUACCCAGCACUUCGCAGUGUGUCAUGUGGAUGCUCCAGGGCAGCAGGAAGAAGCCCCUGCUUUUCCAGUAGGGUAUAAUUAUCCAUCUAUGGAGCAGCUUUCUGAUGUGCUUCCGGUGGUUCUUAACGAUUUGGGUCUAAAAAGUGUUAUUGGAAUGGGUGUCGGUGCUGGUGCCUACAUCCUAUCUAAAUUUGCGCUAAAUCACCCUGAAUUGGUGGAAGGAAUGGUGCUCAUUAACAUAAAUCCCUAUGCAGAAGGAUUGAUCGACUGGGCAGCUAAUAAGAUUUCUGGAUGGGCACAUACUCUGCCAGAAUCAGUCAUUACUCAUCUGUUUGGAAAGGAAGAAAUCCAUAACAACCACGACUUGAUCCAAACAUACCGACAACUUAUCACCAGCGAGAUCAACCAAAGCAAUCUUCAGCUCUUUGUAAACUCAUAUAACAGCCGAAGAGAUCUGGAAAUCGAACGACCUAUCCCCGGACAAUCAAAUGUGAAAACCUUGAAAUGUCCUACACUUCUGGUUGCUGGAGAUAGCUCACCAGCUGUUGAUGCCGUGGUGGAAUGCAACUCUAAACUGGACCCAACAAAGACUACUCUUCUGAAGAUGGCAGAUUGUGGUGGUCUACCUCAGGUUGAUCAGCCUGCAAAACUUACAGAAGCCUUUAAAUACUUCAUACAGGGCAUGGGCUACAUGCCCUCUGCCAGUAUGACUAGACUUGUCAGGUCGCGCACUGCUUCUGGCUCCAGUGUGACAUCAACAGAGGGGAACAGGAGCCGAGCUCAUACCGGUGAAGGCAGUCGCAGCCGCUCUCACACUGGAGAGGGCAGUAGGAACCGCACCCACACCUUGGACGGCUCUCGCAGCCGCUCACACACUGACACCAACAUCGAAUCCAACUCUGAUCCGACCGUCCCCAAGGCCAUGGAGCUGUCCUGUUGAACCACGUCCGGCUCAAAAAAAAAACAACACUGCUACCUGUGUUCCACCGCUGCUUAUCACCAAAUCAAAAUCUCUCCGAUUCGACCAAAGGAUUUUUUUAUCCCGUUUUUGUUUUUAAUUCUAGAUCAGCUGAGAGCUGUGAACGAGUUUCUUUCCCAAGCUUUUUUUAUUUUGACUUGCUGUGCCCUGCCCAGUUUGGUUUAUGCCAAAGAGCUUUACAUGGAGGAUAGUAAUAAGACCUCUUCAUUUCACCAAAUUUAAAACAAGUCUACCAUCGCUAAAUUGCUCUCCCAUAUAAAUGGCUUCCUUUUGUUGGGAGGCGUGCAGAAGAGACUUAAAAGAAAAAAAAAAAACUAGUGGUCUUAAAAUUGGAGCUAUAUCAAGCUCAAUACAGUCCUGUAAAUAGUUACUUUCAAUAGAAGCAGGGCAGUUGAUAGAUUUAUCAUUUGCUUUUGUUCUAGCUGUUGAGGAGAUGGUAACUGCAUUUCAUUGUUUACUCAGAUCUCCUAUUUGUUUUAAAGCAACCCCCCCCCCUGCCUAUCAGCAGUGGGGUAUGCUUCUAACACUCUGCAACUAAUUUCUUGGUGGAAUUGAGAUAGGUAAUGCUUUUGAAGCUAGCUAGCUAGCUUUGUGUUUUGCAGUGGUUUGAGCCAUUUGGAUCAAAAUAAUGGCAGAUGUCCUCGGCUACACUACACUGUUUUUGAUAACCUGAAUUCAAGGUGUUUUUUUUUUUUUUUUUUUUUUUAAAUCUCGUACAUACUACAGAAUGGUAAUGUCUUUGUAGUUUGUAAGCUUUAAAGUUCUGUUUGCUUUGGGUUUUUAAUAUUCUUGAAAUUUUCAUUUUUAAAGCUUCUUGAAAGUGAAAAAUAAACACUUGGCAAAUUAUUAAUGUACUGCUAUUUUGUAAAUUACAUUGUUCUAUGCAAUCUUUUUUUUAUAAAUCUGUACUGGUGUAAAAGCAAUGUUUAAUGUUUGAUUAAUUAUAACAUACUAUGGGAUGAGCUGACUUGCUUACUGAAAAAGCUUAAUAUUUUAAUAAAGUUGUAACUAUUGAUUUAAAUUUGCUUUAUAGAAAAAAUAAAAUGGACUUUGUAAAGAUACAAAAUUGUAAAGGAAGAAAAUCAGUUUUCCUAAUGACAAACAUUUGUAUUUAUUUAAAAAUAAAAUGUGUAACAUUGCAAAUGUA